CUACUUCGUAGUUAAUAACAGUAGAGGCAAGUCUCCAUAAAAAAACAGUAGAGGCAAGUCCAUAACCACAUUUCCAAGUUCAUAACCAGUGACAGAAGAUUAAACAAGGCCAACAAUGUCGGAUUCCCUUCGGCUCCUUCUCGACCACCUCUUACUAUUAUCCGAACGAAUUGGAGAUUCUCUCUCCCGAGUGACUUACACCCCGCCGGAAUCUUCCAAUGUCAACAUCAAAUCCACUCUCGAAUCCCUUCUUCCCAAUCGAGGCUCUCCUUCUCUCUCCGAGAUCUCCGAAGUCGAAGUCUGUGCUAAAAUAAGUGACUUUACGUUAUGCUGUGCAGCGUUGGCUGCCGCCUCGGAGUCCACUUACGGGGAGCUCUUGUGGAUCCCCAAUUCUCUCUCAGAGUCCGCUGUCUCGGCCUUCAAGCAGCUCUCUGAAGCUUACUCGAGCUUUCUGGGCCCUAAAAAGUGUAUGAAAGUUGGCGAGUUGGAGCUUGAUUUGAAAUUUAUGCCGAGUGACGUGAGGUUACUGGUUGAGUUAAUGCCUCAGGUUUUGCCUUCGCUUAAGAAUAAAAUAAAGGGAAGUGCCAUUGACAAGUCUAUUGACACUGAUGAAUUUUUUGCUGCUAGCGCAAGAACUCCUGUAGCUUAUGCAAUUCUUGCUGCUCACCAACUCAAAUGGAUUGUUACCCAGGUGAACUAUCCAUUUCUGGGGAAGUUGUGCUCUUUGGUGAUUCCUUGUGGACUGACAGCUCUUGAUCACUGGUCACAGCAAGUAAAAGGGCAGGGCAUGAUUACCUUCAUACAUCUCUCUAAAAAUACGAAUGCUGCUGAGAUUGGUUGGUAUGAAGACGUAAUUCUUGAUGCCUGCUGCCAAAACAUUGCUUCUUCAGAUGAUGAAAUAUGGCAAUAUGUUGUUGAAAUGUCAGUGCUCAUGUUAACUUCCACCCAGAAAAGUAAUCCACGGAGCAUAUGGUUUGAAAAGCUGCUGAAUGAGAUGUUGAGUCACCUGGAAAGGCAGCCUAAGAAUAAGGAGCGCCGCAUAGCAUGGCUUACACAUGUUGAUUCACUGUUUGAUGGUGUUGGUCUUGUACUGCUAUCUCAUUUUAGGCGCCUUUUUCCUCUGUUCUUUCAAUGGAUGCAUGCCGAUGAUGACACAGUUCUAUUGGUACUGGAGCGUACUAAAACAGUUCUGAGAUUGACAUGGAUAAGGAAUUCGCCAUACAUUGACAGAUUGGUGGAUGAGCUUGUCAGUUUAUACAAGGAAGCAGCAAUGAGAACUCUUCGUGAUGAUAUCAGAUCACUUAUUCUUGAGACACUUAUAUUGCUGCAGCAAUGCAAGGGUUCACAGUUCCAAGUAGCUUGGGACAAGCAUAAGAAUGAUCUGGAUUUGACUCUUCUCCAUCAAUCCUUUGCCGGAAGACAUACUACAGCGGUCUGAAAAUCUCUUAGGUUUUGUGAUGAUUCUCCAUUAGACUGAGAAGAUAAUCUGAUACUUGAGUAGUUGAGUGUCAUGCUUGGGUUCAGAAUCUCCGGUCUCAUUCACUUCACCAAACAGUUUACCUUGUUACCAUUGAAGUAUUUGCAACCCCUGCUUCUUCAAUGGAGUCCCUACCUCUGAUUUCAGGUCUGCGGCAAUUGACUCGGAGAGGUAUAUGAACCGAGAGGUGGACGCAAUUGAGGGAAAAUAUGGUGAUGAUGACUAUGUUGAUUGUUGAUUGCAUGCGCUUGAGAGCGGAUUAGAGAUGCCUUAGAAAAACUUAGUCAAGAAUAAACAUUUUAAUUAUGUCGAAUAUUUGUUUUACUUUGUUUUGAUUUAGUUGCCUGUGCAUUCGGUUAGGAGAUGACCGGAUGUGGCGGUAACACCCAUUUCCCUUUUCAAACUUCCGGUGUAUUUCUUCAACAUUAUGAUGA